AUGACGCGGCUGGUUCGGCUCUCCUUCCUGAUCCUCUGCCUCCUUUCCUCGCACGUCACAGCGGAUGAAGGAGCGUACUCCUCCAUUGACGACGUGCUCAUCCUCACAUCGGAGAACUUCGACAGAGAAGUAGCCAAGCACACUGAAGGCGACAAGGCUCUGCUGGUAGAGUUCUACGCGCCAUGGUGCGGACACUGCAAGGCUCUCAAGCCCAAGUACAUCGAAGCUGCCAAGAAGCUCAUGCAGAACAACCCUCCUAUCCGCAUCGCUGCCGUCAACGCCGACGAGGAGAGCAACAAGAACCUUGCUUCCCGGUUCGGAGUCAGCGGCUUCCCCACCCUCAAGGUCCUCAAGGACGGAGGCAGCACCGUGCUCGACUACGACGGUCCUCGGGAGACCGAUGGCAUCGUCAAGCACGUCCUCGCCUCGCAGGGCCCCACCUGGACGGAGGUGACGGAGAAGGAGGAGGUGGAGCGGCAGAGGGGGGCAGGGAAGAGGGUGGCUCUGUUCGUUGGAAAAGAGCCGCGGGAGGCGUCCAAGGCUUUUGCAGCAUUCAAGGAAGCAGCAGCGAAGCUCAAGGGAGACGUAACGAUGCUCGCCUGCUUUAACGAGCAAGUCGCCAAGGAGUUUGGACUGACCGCCCCUUCAGUGUCAGUCUUCACUGAAUACAAGGCUGAGGGAGCGAGACAUGAGAAGCUGGAAGAGAAGCUCAACGAUGCCCAACAUGUCCAGAACUUCAUCAACGACAUGGCUCGACCCCUGGUUUCCUUGGUCGGCAACAGCGACGAGCAUGGCAUGCUCAUGAAGACAGACCUACCGAUCAUGAAGAUGUUUGUCAACGGCAAGGACAGCAGUGACAGACAAAACAGGAAAAACAUGUUCCGCAACCGCAUCAGCAAAGUUGCCAUGGAUUACAAAAACAAGAUAACAUUCGCUGUCAGCGAUGACGUGGAGGGAGGAGCGAGCUACGAGUUGGAAGAGUACGGAAUCUCUUCCUCUGACCUCCCUGCUAUCGUCAUCAGAAAGGGAAACCUCAAGUACAAGUUCGAUCCAAAGAACGAGGAGGAGAAGAAGUUCAAGGCGUCAACUUUCAAGGCCUUCGCCGAUGAUUACCUCGCCGGCAACAAGUACGGCAACAUUGUGAUUGCCAAGUUCGACGCCACGGCCAACGACAGCCCGCACGGGGAGCUGCAAGCGCAGGGCUACCCGACCAUCAAGUUCAUCGCAGCAGGAGACAACAAGAUCUCCGACUACACGGGCGAGAGAGAUGCCAAGUCCAUCGUUGACUGGGUGAAGAGGGAGGCAAAGUGA